AUGAGGAACAAACUAUGGCUCAAGAGUAUUUCCUUCUUCCUCUUAUUCCAGUACACUACGUGUUGUAAAAACCUCACUUGUUUUGUGGACUAUGUACAGACGCUGUCCUGUGUCCUGAGGAAUGACUUGGGUGCCAGUUCAUAUAACCUCACUGCGACAUGGGUUUCCGAGGAAGCUCCAGAAAACACUGUGGCUGCCUGCAGUCUCCUGCAAUCGUCCAGGAACACCAGUCACACAGAGUACGUGUGUACUGUGGAUAUGACUGAACUCCUGGCAGAUACCAGGGUCCAGGUGGAUGUUACAGAGACAGCUGAUCAGCAGCCUGUGAUUUCCAAAGACUUUUAUAUGUCUGAGAACAUCAAACCACAGCCUCCAUUCAAUCUGACUGCUGUGUUCUCAGAGGGUUACAACAUUUCUUGGGAAACCAUCUACCAGAACUUUCCUUUCUACUUUUUGAAUGAGGAGCUGGAAUAUCAGCUGCGUUACAAGAGAAGGACCGACACCUGGGAGACUUGGAAGACUAAAGCUGUUCAUGAAGAUAAAAGGACACUGGUAAUUUUGCCAUGGGAACUCCAGGCAAACACUGAGUACGAGUUCCAAGUGAGAGCCAGACCCCGAGAAGGCACUAGUUACCAUGGAUUUUGGAGUGAAUGGAGUCAUCCGCUGACAUUGACAACUGGCCCUGCCGCAGUGACACAGACAACAGGCAUGGGAUGGCUGCUGCUGUUGGGUGGUGUCGUGGCAAUCACUGCCUCAAUCACAACCUUUCUGGCCAAACAGCAGAGCUUGUGGAAGAAGAUGGCUUGCAUCCCAGACCCUGCUCCCUUUUUCAAACCUCUUUACUUGGUGCAUAAUGGAGAUUUCAAGAAGUGGGUUGGUGCACCCCAUUCAAAAAUCACUUUUGAUUUCUUUGAAUGGGGGAUAGUCCUUCCAGAAGUCCUAGAAGUUUACACCAUGCGGAAUUCCAACAGCACCUCACGGGAGGAGCUGCACGAGAUGAGAAAAGAUCUGCCUUGCAAGCCCUGUGCGUCGUGCCUGACUGCCCCGGGUCAGGAUGGCCAGUCCCUGCUGUCUAGUGGCACUCAGGACCAGUCAUAUGGGCAUUUGUCCAUUGACACUGUGACUGUGGCUGAUGAAUUCACGCCUUGUAAUUGCCAAUGCAACUGCAACCGUGUGUACAGGGGACAUGAGCAUAGGAGCGAGGGAGACAGCAAUGCUGGAGAAACCGGUUACCCCAAGGUUAAUGUUGAUGAUGAAGACAGGAAGAUACCCAGUGACUUGCGUCUGGUUGACCUGAGCAUGCAAGACAAAAUACUUGCUUCAGGCUCUGUGUCUACAGACCACCUGCAGAGUACAAAUGUCCCAGCCCACCAGCAAGUAGAAAGGACUGUGGAAGGAAGGAUGGGGAGCAUCCUAGAAGCCCUUUGCUUGCAGCCUAAUCAGUGGGAUUUGGAAAAUCCAGGAUCUCUCCCUUCUCCUGACGGUGAAAGUGUUUCCUACAGUGAAGGCUCCUGUGACUUCUUCCCUCACAUUGCAAGGCCUGGUGACAGUUACCCUGUGAUCUGCGUAGAUUUGGACACUAUUGACAGUGGCUUUGUGGACUCGGACUGUGGGAGUCCAGUUGACUGUGAAUUUGAGCAAAACAACCAGACUGACUGUGGUUCCACCCCUCUUGAGCAGGAGGGGGAGGACUUUCCAAGGAGCUACGUCAAGCAGUGGGUCUCCUGUCGCUCUGACAGCCCUGUCAAUGGGACACAGACAAACUAAGGACUUGAUGUUGCCUUGCAGAGUGUUUGGCCUUUUCCGUGCUGUGCCAGGAGCAAAGUCUUAGAAAAAUUCGGAAGA